AUGAUUUCAGCCGAAGCGCCAAUUCUUUUUGCAAAAGGAUGCGAUAUUUUUAUCACUGAGCUUACUAUGCGUGCUUGGAUUCAUGCCGAGGAGAACAAACGUCGGACUCUCCAGCGCUCAGACAUUGCGUCGGCAUUGGCUAAAUCGGACAUGUUCGAUUUUCUAAUUGACAUUGUCCCAAGAGAGGAAGCCUCAUCUCAUGCGAAAAGAACUGCUGCACAGUCCACCGGCGGCCCACAGGCUGUGCCUGCACCUCCGGGGCAAGCUCAGAUGGCUGGUCAGCAUGCUAAUAUGGCUCAGUCUAACCAUGCCUCACAUCCCAUGGCCACAGCGGAAUAUAUGGGAGGCCACCAUCUUCCUACUGAUCAAGACUACCGACAAAAUCCAAACAUGUACGCUGGCCAGGUACCUCCCGCACCUUCAGCGCCCUACGGUCAAGCCCAAGCGCCAGCAUCUAUGUAUGGAGAGAUGGAAGGCAUGUAUCCAUACUCUGCCAUGCAAGCGCAGCAGGUGAGAAAAUGCACUUUCCAGCCACUUGACGAGCCCUGA